AUGAAGUGUGUGACCUCCCCGCCUGCAACCGGCUGCUCUAGUAGAUUAACUCAAACUUCCUCUGGUGUGUUUAGUGAGUCUGUGUCAGUGACUGAAGGAGAUUCUGUCACUCUGUCUGUGAAUCUCACUGAAGUGAAAGAUAAAAUCUCAUGGAAGUUUGGAGCUCAAGAUGUUGUCAUAGCUGAGAUCAAUGUAGUGCACGAUAACAUGAGAUUAUAUGAAGAGAGACCUGACGGGAGAUUCAGAGACAGACUGAAGCUGGAUCAAACUGGAUCUCUCAUCAUCACAAACAUCACAAACAAACACUCUGGACUUUAUCAAGUCAUCAACACCAACACAGGAAAACAACUCAAUAUAUUCAACAUUACUGCCUACGCUCAUCUGUCUGUUCCUGUCAUCACCAGAGACUCUUCAUCAUCGAGCUCAAAGUGUUCAGUGUUGUGUUCAGUGAUGAAUGUGUCACAUGUGAGUCUCUCCUGGUACAAAAGAAAGAGUUUAUUGUCCAGCAUCAGUGUGUCUGAACACAGAAACAUCAACAUCUCUCUUCAUCUGGAGUGUCUGGAUGAUUCUUACACAUGUGUGAUCAACAAUCCCAUCACAAACCAGACUCAACAUCUCAACACUGAUGUCUGUCACAAGUGUUCAGGUGUGUUUAGUGAGUCUGUGUCAGUGACUGAAGGAGAUUCUGUCACUCUGUCUGUGGAUCUCACUGAAGUGAAAGAUAAAAUCUCAUGGAAGUUUGGAGCUCAAGAAGUUGUCAUAGCUGAGAUCAUUGUAGUGAACAAAAACAUAAACAAGAUAUUACAUAAAGAGAGACCUGACGGGAGAUUCAGAGACAGACUGAAGCUGGAUCAAACUGGAUCUCUCAUCAUCACAAACAUCACAAACACACACUCUGGACUUUAUAAAGUCAUCAACACCACCUCAGGAAAACAACUCAAUAUGCAACAUUACUGUCUAUGCUCGUCUGCCUGUUCCUGUCAUCUCCAACUCUUCAUCAUCUUCAGUGUCUUCAUUGUCAACUUGUUUAGUGUUGUGUUCAGUGAUGAAUAUGUCUCUGAAGAAGACAACAUCUGCAAGUGUACUUUUACUGAAGCUGUGAUCCGAUUGGUCGUCUCUGCUCUGGUGGGAGUGGCUGCUGUUGCUGUUGUGGUUUAUGACGUCAGAUCCAGAAGAGAUGAACAGAAGAAGAAGAGAUCAUAUCAGAAGAUAAGAUCAGACAUUGAGUUAAACACACUUGAUUCAGCUGGGUGUUAG